AUGGUCGACGCCCGCCCAGCUACAAAGGUCCACCCCGUCUCUCAAAACGAGUGCAAGGGUUGUAAUGCACCAAUAAAGAAAUACUCGAGUUGGUGUAAGAAUUGUGUGUCCAGUCAUUUUUCCAAAAACUUCAAGAACUGGACGAGCGGUAAUAAAAACUUGGACGAAUUCAUUCACGAAAUUCAGUUGAACGAGCAACGGUUUAACCUGGCCAUCGAGUGGAUUCCCUUUGACAGAUUUACCGACAUCACCUUUAUCAAACAAGGAGGAUUUGGCACCGUCUAUAAAGCAAGUUGGCUCGAUGGGUACAUUAACGAGUGGAAUUUGGAGAAGAAUGAGUGGAAAAGGGCAGGAAAGAAGACGGUCUGUCUGAAGCAAAUUCACAACUCGAAGAAUAAUAUCACAAAAGAAUUUCUGGAGGCGAUUCAACACCAGGUCAAAGCAAGAAGCACCCGCGUCAUCUCGGUCUACGGUUUCACCCAAGAUGCGAGCACCAAGGACUAUAUGAUUGUCAUGCAAUAUUCAUCCGAGGGUAGUCUUCGAGAGUCCCUAAACAAGAAUUUCAACAGUCUAUCCUGGCACGACAAAUUGAGCUUACUUAAGGACAGUGCUAAUGGUCUUAAGGAUAUCCACAAAUUGGGUUUGCAUCGAGAUUUACACUCGGGAAAUAUCAUCAUGAUUGACAAAUCGACUCCGAACUUUUCCGACUUUGGAAUGUGCAAACCGAUUGCGAUGGAAAUUUGCAAAGGUCUUCGCCCGGAAUACAAGAUCGAGGAACUACCACCUUUGAUUUUGGAAUACAUAAAACGAUGCUGGGAUCAGCGAACUAGUAAUCGACCCACCGCACAAGAUAUAUUUUAUAACAUCUCACAAUGGCUCGAGAGUUACAAAGACGAGGAGUCAACUCUGUACAAACAGAUAAAGAAAAUCGAGGAGUCAAAGAAUGAGUCCUCGUCCGAUAUUGAGAAAAAGUCGGGUCCCCUUAAAUACCAGAUAAAUCCAUUGGCAAUCUAUAACAGCCGACUUUUGGAAUUUCCGGGUCUCAAGAAUUCAGCUACAAUUCUCGAUCCUAUUUUCGAAUUGAUGUCGAUUGAGCCCAGAGCAAAACGGUUAAAGAAAGAAGAAUCCAUUCCGCCACCACCACCUGAUAAUGUUCAACCACAAGAGAACGAAUCCCCUGCCCGUAUGAUCUAUCACAGUAAGUCAUUAUUUAAAUGCAACAUUGAUUUCGAUUUUUCACGACGUUCAAUGAUGCAAACAUUCUCUCGCACACCCCCUUAUAAUCAAAGCACGGUAUACAAAGACGAACUCGAGAAUCACCUGGAGUACAAAUGCAACUCUCGUCCGAAACCGAAUCCCCCAUACUUUUCUCUAAACAUCAAUUGUACAUUGCCUGCACCCGAACGAGACGGAAGGUUUGCACUUUCUGAAUUAGACAAAGAAGCAUUGGAGAGGUUGAUCCACGAUGUGGAUAUUUGGUUUGAUAGAAUUGUGCUGGACAUCAAGACUUUGGUGUUAGAUCACGAGGCCUUGAGGGAGAAAAUGUAUAGCCAUUUUCAUAUUAAGUUGGAUUAG